GAGGAAGUAAAGAAGAUAGAGAAUAGGUCAAUAGGGGAAGAAAAUGAGUCAAGGUGUAUGAAGCAAAAGAGUUUUCCUCAUUUCCCUCGUCCAAUUGCAAGGCUGAAAGGUUUUCUGUCCCAGAAUACAUGCAUUGACUCACCACCAGACAAGGCUGCGUUUCUUCAGCAAACUGGAUUUCUCACUUGCGUCUCAUUCUAAACGCAUCCAAGAUCGAUUUUUUCGUUUUGGGUGAUUUAUUUGGAAGGCCGAGUAUUUGGGCAAUCUUAAAUUUUGGAUUUUGAGUGUGUAGUUUGAUUGUUGCGGUGUUUAUAAGAAAUGGGUCGGAGUAAUUUGCAGCAUAGGGUGUGAGUUUCGUGUAAUUUCUAUGUUUAUAGCAAUGAAGAGAUUGAAAAAUGAGGUUCCCGGCAUGAGGAGAUUCAAGUUGUCACAUAUUUUGUUGGGAUUAGCUGUAUUUUACUUAAUUCUGAUUUGCUUGAAGCUCCCGGAUUAUCUUGAGAGUGCCCAAGCUUUGAGCAGUGAUCAUGGUGAGAUGAGUGUGGAUGCAUUCAUUUCCGUGGAGGAAGAGGGCGGAGAACUAAAUAAACGGCAUCUAGGUUCUGUUUAUACGGAUGACUAUCAUCGGAUACUGCAAAAUAAUGCAAAUCAUCAUGCACCAAAGACACCAUGGGAGGAAGCUUUACCAGAGAAAAGCAGUGAUUCACCCCCUGUAGAACCUCAUAGACUCAGUUAUGGCCGCAUAGCUUCUGCGAUUUUAAAGCAGCGUAUUAUGACUCGUAAUAUUUCUGUAUUGGACAGAAUGGUAGAUGAGGCUUGGACUUUAGGCUUGAAGGCGUGGGAAGAAGCAGAUGAAUAUAACGAGAAGGAGAUGGUCAUGAAUUCUAUAAUCGAGGGGAAGCCCGAGUCUUGUCCUUCGUCAGUUACUGCAAAUCAAGAAGAGUUGGCUAAAAGAGACAGUGUUAUGCUCCUUCCGUGUGGGCUUGCUGCUGGUUCUUCUGUCACAGUGAUUGGUACUCCGCGUUAUGCGCAUCAUGAAUAUGUACCUCAGCUUGCUAGGCGAAGGACUGAUGAUGGACUUGUUUUGGUCUCUCAAUUUAUGUUUGAAUUACAAGGAUUGAAGUCUGUGGUUGGGGAGGACCCUCCAAAGAUUUUGCAUCUGAAUCCUCGAUUAAGAGGAGAUUGGAGCCAUCGACCGGUAAUUGAGCAUAAUACUUGCUAUAGAAUGCAAUGGGGUAGAGCUCACAGGUGUGAUGGUAUGCCUUCCAAAAGUGAUGAUGACAUGCUUGUCGAUGGUUAUUUGAGAUGUGAAAAGUGGAUGCGUAAUGACAUUGUUGAUUCGAAAGAGUCCAAAAUAUUUUCUUGGUUUGAUCGGUUUAUAGGACGAGCAAAGAAACCAGAGGUGACCUGGCCUUUUCCGUUUGUGGAGGGUAAAAUGUUUAUUCUUACUGUCCGUGCUGGUAUUGACGGGUUCCAUAUAAGUGUUGGUGGGCGGCAUCUCUCUUCAUUUCCUUACCGGACGGGCUUCACACUGGAAGAUGCAACAGGAUUGGCUGUUAGAGGUGAUGUUGAAGUUCACUCAGUCUUUGCUACAUCUCUGCCAACUUCUCAUCCAAGCUUUUCACCUCAAAGAGUAUUGGACUUCUCGGAGAAAUGGAAGUCUCAUCCUUUACCUCAGAAUCCUAUUCAAGUUUUUAUUGGAACUUUAUCUGCCACUAAUCACUUCGCGGAACGCAUGGCUAUAAGAAAAACUUGGAUGCAGUCUCAAGCAAUCAAAUCCUCCGAUGUAGUAGUCCGUUUCUUUGUUGCAUUGAAUCCUCGGAAAGAGUUGAAUGCAAUUUUAAAAAAGGAGGCUGCUUACUUUGGGGACAUAGUGAUUUUGCCAUUCAUAGACCGAUAUGAGCUAGUGGUUCUAAAGACUAUUGCUAUUUGUGAGUAUGGGGUUCGAAAUGUGACUGCUUCUUACAUUAUGAAAUGUGACGAUGACAAUUUUGUUAGACUCGAUGCUGUACUUCAAGAAAUUAAUCAUGUUCCUCCCGGCAAGCCUCUUUACAUGGGCAAUCUGAAUCUCUUACAUCGCCCUCUCAGAAACGGGAAAUGGGCAGUGACUUUAGAGGAGUGGCCAGAAGACAUAUAUCCUCCCUAUGCUAAUGGGCCGGGAUACAUUAUUUCCAAUGAUAUUGCCAAAUAUAUAGUCUCUCAGCAUCACAACCACAGCUUACGGCUAUUCAAAAUGGAGGACGUGAGCAUGGGGAUGUGGGUCGAGAAGUACAACAGCUCAACGCCAGUUCAGUACUCUCACAACUGGAAGUUUUGUCAGUACGGAUGCACAGAGAAUUACUUCACCGCACAUUACCAAUCCCCACGACAAAUGGAAUGCUUGUGGGACAAUUUGCUCAAGGGCUGGGUUCGUUGCUGCAACAUCUAGAUUGACAUACCAAGCUAUUAAGCGCAUCGGUGAAUUGAGUUUGGUCACGCUAUCAGGUUUCUUACUAGUUUCUGAACGUUUUAGCGAGUAGUCACAGAGAUGGUUACUUGAAUCAAACUCUUAGGAUUUUGUGUGUAGUGUUGUAUGCAGAUGAUUUGAUUUGUUAAAUUGGAUAGUCAUGAGAGAUGAUGAUGUGCCACCAUAUAGGGUUCAUUAUCAGGACUGUGUUUAACACUUUGUAUAACAUGAUCUUUGAGAGAAGUAGGAGUAACCUAGAAAUUGGUCUGUGUUGUAUGAUCUUAUAUUCUUAUUAUUAUUAAUUUUAUAACAAAAUAACAUAUUCAAUGGAUAAGUAGCCCCUUUUAAGUUU